GGUUUUCGAUGAUAUGAUUCGAUUAAUAGCUGGUUGUUUGGUAAUGUUGAACUUUACGGAAAGCGGUUUCACUUGAAUGGACCCAGGCAGCACCAGGAGACCAAUUUUUUGCUUCUCAGAGUGGUUUAAGAGCAAUUUUUGUUAUUGGUGAAACACAUAUAAGAUUCUUGAUUGGUUCAAAACGGGAUUUGAGAUGAUCACUAAUAAUAAUAAAUCUCAAAAAGGUUGGCCAGUCAUCCAAAGCCCAUUCCUUUAAUAUAUAAAUGCACCUUCAGUCCCAAUAAGCUGUGUGCCUAUUCCGUCUAUUUUCAAACCACAAUAUUACCAAAAUGAUUAAAACAUAUCAAUAUCGUUCAAUUUUAAACUCUCGAAAUGUUGGAAUUAGAGUUCUGAGAACGUUAUCACCAUCCCCACAGUUGAAGGAUUCAAACUCCAAAAGUAUAUUUGAUAUUGGAACAAAAUUGAUUGUUAAUCCACCUCCUCAAAUGGCAGACAACCAAUAUGUUACACAUCCAUUAUUUCCUCAUCCGAAAUAUUCAGAUGAAGAUUGUGAAGCUGUUCAUUUUGUCCACAGGGAACCAAAGACAAUAGGUGACAAGAUUGCUGAUCGUGGAGUGAAAUUCUGCAGAGCAUCCUUUGAUUUUGUGACUGGUUAUAAAAAACCAAAGGAUGUUAAUGGGAUGUUGAAAUCUUGGGAAGGUACUCGUUAUGAAAUGACUGAAGAGAAAUGGUUAACAAGAUGUAUUUUCUUGGAAAGUGUUGCAGGUGUCCCUGGUAUGGUUGCCGCUUUUAUUCGCCAUUUACAUUCGUUAAGAUUAUUGAAAAGGGAUAAGGCUUGGAUUGAAACUUUGUUGGAUGAAGCUUAUAAUGAAAGGAUGCAUUUGUUAACUUUUAUAAAAAUUGGUAAUCCUUCUUGGUUCACAAGAUUCAUUAUCUAUAUGGGUCAAGGUGUUUUCGCCAACUUAUUUUUUUUGGUUUAUCUAAUCAAGCCAAGAUAUUGCCAUAGAUUUGUUGGUUAUUUAGAGGAAGAAGCUGUUAGUACCUAUACUCAUUUGAUCAAAGAUAUUGAUUCCAAGAGAUUACCUAAAUUUGAUGACGUUAAUUUACCAGAAAUAUCUUGGUUAUAUUGGACUGAUUUGAAUGAAAAAUCAACUUUUAGAGACUUGAUUCAAAGAAUAAGAGCUGAUGAGUCUAAACACAGAGAAGUUAACCAUACAUUGGCCAACUUGGAACAAAAAAAGGAUAGAAACCCAUUUGCCUUGAAAGUUGAAGAUGUUCCAAAAGAACAACAACCUGAUGAAUACAGUUUAAAGACUCCACAUCCUGAAGGAUGGAAUCGUGAGCAGAUGCGUUUAUGA